AUGGAUAUCAAAAGCUUAUUGUGCUCUCCACAAUCGAUCGAAACAAGCAACCUGUACUCAUCAGAACAAAAAACACCCAUUCAGUUUCAUCAGCGUCAACCUUCUUGGUCUUCAUCAUCAUGUUCCUCAUCUCCUGGCAGCCCAGCCAGCUCGUCUAGCAGCUCGUCUUACUAUUCAAUUCCUUCAUCCCCAGAAAUUGACAUUCCAUCCUCACCCAUGACUACCUCUGCUUCUGUUCUUUCUUCUUCUCCUUCUCAUACUGCUGCUUCUGUUGCUUCUGUCGUUGAGAACACUAGUUCCACUUCUCAACGCACCAACAACAAUCGUCAUAUACAUUCACAAACCCGUACUCCAUGGUCCUCUGAAGAGGAUCAAUUAUUACAACAAGGCUACUCUCAAGGUCUAUCAUGGGCUAUGAUAUCUACCGUCUAUUUGCCUCACCGCUCAAGAGGCUGUUGCUGGGGUCGUUUCAAAACACUACAAGCAAAGUCAUUGGAACAGAGAGAAUGGUCUGAUUCUGAGGAUCGUCUUUUGAUGUUGGCUAUCAAAAAGAACUCGAGGUUAUUCAAGCAAGCUUGGAAAGCUGUUGCUCAAGACAUGGGAAAUCGAAACUGGAAGGAAUGUGAAAUGAGAUCUACAAAAGUUGGUAGCAGCAGCAUCAUCAAGAAGAAAACUUCGCGUCAAAGCUAA